UCAAAACAAAACAUUAUUUAGUUCCGUUUUCGAAAGUUUUCCAAACCUCUGCCCCUUCGGAAGUUCCUGUUGGCUCCCUUUCUUCAUCCGGGUUUCCUGCAGGAAGUCAUAAUCUGUAGAAGAUGAUCACAGCUCGUCAGGGCAUCUCAAUUAUUGCAAGUAAUUUUAAGGUAUGUUUAAAGAAACAAUCCUAAUCUGUUAUUAUUUUUUGGCAGGUGGUGCCGAAAAGAAAUUUGGGAACGUCUGUCCUAGAUGUUGAUAGUGAACACAGGUCAACACUAUUCGUCUGCACAGUUCCUCAUUUGCAGAGGCGAAUCUCAUGGCCAUGUGUCUGCAGAAGUCGCUCUCGAAUCUUAGCCUGGCAAGAGGGAAUCAAGUCUGAAACUCCUCCAACAACAACACCUCCACCGGCAAAAGUUUUACGGUCGCGGCGCUUAAGUCUACGGUCAACAAAAUGGUUCCUACGUCGUCCUCGUCCAACCCGCUGGCGGUCAUCAUUGGUGACGGUGAACGUCAUCAAGACUACGAACAACCUAAUCAGUGAGCUGGCCGGUUGAAUCGGUAGAUCUGCAUCCACGGCCACGACCGCAACCAGUACGGGCACGAGCAGUGCCGCGAGCCAGAGCAGAAGUAUUCCGGUGGAAGUAGCAGUAGAAACUCGUGAAAUAGUACCGCAAGUAGCAUCUCGGUCAAAAGCAGCUCAAACUCGAGCUUGAGUGGCGGAGGUGAAUACAGCACCACAACAACGACCAGUAGAAAAAACAGAACUGGUCCGGCAGUACCGAUUUAAGCAGUUAUUACGGUGGCCACGGCUGGUGGAAAUAUAAGCAGUACUUUUGAGCACGUUUUCGUGCUCAACCAGCUGGUCCUGAACACGCUUUGCUACCAAAAUGGUCUGCAGCGGAUCGCGCAACGGUUCAUGGCGAACCCGCACAAGCCCCGCCGGAUACGCCACCGCUCAGCUGCUCGACCACCAAUCCCGACGGACUGUCGUUGCCACUCCAGUGAUAAAGGACUUCCCAACAGACGCCGAACUGGCCGAUCUGCCGGGAAUUUUCUGCGUGGUCAUGCACGACUUCCGGUUGGACCUACUGCCCACGCCCGAGUUUGUCCAGGUGCACAAGCAGAUGUCCAAUUCAGUACAAGGGUGGAGCGCAGGACAAGGAGGACGGCUCGGACGAGCAUCUGCAGACGUUCAACAUUGAAGACAUGGAGAACGCAACCAUGUUGGAGUGCGUCGGCGGAAUCUACCCUGAAAAAGUCGCUCGAAUCGUUCAAACCGAAGAAGGUUUGAUGGUGGUGGCGGACAGUUCGCGGGUUACCAUCCAUACCAACGAUAGGUCGAGUGUAUCGACGCGCUCAACGGCUGCACCGACAUCCAGAUUGCCGCGGUUGGUAACCUGGAUGAAGUCAAACAGUGUGGCAGGCAAACAGCUGACAACGUUCGACUCGUAGAAGUGAGAAUGAUGAACAAAUCGGCCGCUCCACUGCUGUUCCGCGGUUCUGAUGUAGAAUAAUCCCAAUUUUAAUCAAAGUCGUCCAAAAGUGUAGAUCGAGCCGCAGAUAGCACUGCAUCAUCCGUUCAAGUAAAGCUGAGCGGUCAAGCAGCAGGUCAACCUAAUCAAUUACUAGAACAUGAACGAUUUCGCUUUUAAUUUUGUGUAAAUACAGUUCGAAUAAAGAAUUUUGUGCAAAUCAAAUUUAUUAAUUUUUGUUUCUAACACUCUAUCACUAUAUCACGACGGAAAGACCUCUUUCAAUGCACCGGUUCUGGGAUGAUUCGCCUCUGGGAUGAUUCGCUACCGCUGGCGCGCAUCGCCAGUGCAGUCAAGGAUUGCGGCUGGAUCGACCUGGACAAUGUUCCGCUAAUGGUCGCCAACACGCUAUCCAGCUCGUGGGAUCGCUUGUUUGCAGGGACAUCCAAGCUUGCCGUGGAAAAUCUGUGCCACAGCGCCAAGGACAUCGGCCUGUGGGGCAUCUUCUUCAUGUCCGAUCCACUCAAGUACGAAAUAUGCUGUUUGACCUGCAGGACCAGGAUGCUGUUGUGCAUGAUGGUUACUGACAGCGAAGUUGACCACGACAAGAACCUAAUCAUAACGAACAUGCUGCAGCAGCUGGGGGCUCGACGCCAAUCUGCGAGGACAUUGGCCGCCUGAUCUUGUGCGACAACCGCCGGAUCCCGCUGCACGAGCUGAAGCACCAACACCGAGGGCCGGGGCAGGCCCGUGAACAGAAUCGGCAGCAUAAUCCUUGCGUUCUAGCUCCAGUGGCUCGUGAAGCUCUUGUAGAACGAACUCACCGGCAGGGGCCACGGGUUUGUUGUCAUCGAAGAUCUGAGGACUCGGUCCUAACCAGGUCCCAGUACCGAAAAGUACCUAAUAAAAAUAAUUUUAUGAAAAAAAACCGCUUAAUUUAAACUAAAAUCAAUUUCGGAUUAGUUUUUUGUUGGCAAAAACAAUUCGAUUCGUGGUUUAUUUACUUUGUCGGACUGCUCGAAUAAAAUCAAAACAUUUCAACAGUGUGACCAGUUUCGCGGAAAACUGCAUGAACAAAUAUUUCAUGGCAACCCUGACUGCAUGAAAAAAAAUAUAUUCAGUCGAGCACGAUUUGAGCACGACGAGCGGAAUGAGCGCGAUCUGGCACGAUUAGAGAACCUGGAUCUUAUUAGAGAACGGCCAUCUCAAACCAAGAGUAACAAUCGAAGCACUAAAACUGUCGAACGGAGGUACCAAUCGAGCGAAAAACAACAACGAUGAAGGUGCGAUGAGCGAAUAUAGUGGAAUUUGACGCGAUAUGAUGCGAUUUUUAUCAAAUCGCGAAGUGUCAUUCCCCUCGGAUCAGAAACUGUUUUUAAUCGGUAAAAAGUUGUACAUUAAAAUUUAAAUAAGGCUUUAGGACCCUUUUCAUUCCUUUAUCGCAAUACCAGUUAAUAAAUAAAAAAAUAAAAAACAUUGAUUUCUCGAAUAAAUGUUAAUCAGUAUUUAUUUAGUAGGUGUAUUUCAGAAGCAAUAAGAGUAGUAACAAUAUAAUGAAUAAAAAGAAAAAAAAACAGCUUUAGAUUUCUGAUCAUUCGUUCUGAUCAGGCUUUAGUGGAGAUGGGCGUCAAUAGCAUCGAGAUAUUCAAUGAUGCCGAUUUUCUUGUAAUCCUUGACCACAUCCAAGAGUUGCUGGUUGUGAUCAACCGCGUUCGGAUCGACCGUUUUGAGUCCAGCUUGAAUUUCGCAAACCUUGCCUUGAGCCGCCUUUUGUUCCAGUUGAAGAGCAUUAAUCAAGGGGAUGAUCCUUGACUUUUUGAAGCCCUGUCGAGCGAAUCGCGCGUGCCAGCUUUCGUGUCCGUUAGUAUCACGCGGCAAGCCAGCUUUAACGUUGGCG